AUGUGUCGUAAACCUCGUUUCGCCGACUGCACCAAUUCUUACCUAACGGGGGGCGUUAUAUUAGGUUGCGACACGCGUGCGAGGGUGAACACGAAGCUGACUAAUGUGGCCGUCACGAGUGGUUGGCGGCCGGUGGAUGUUGAUGUUGAUGUUGAUGUUGCCAAAUCCCUAAUAGCCACCGUUGUUGAGCCUUCAACGUUCAGCAACAUCCUUCAUGCCUGCCAGUCGACCGCAGGAUGGUUGACUUCAAGCCCACCUCUCACUUAA